AUGUUCAGCAAGCUGCCGACGUUCAAGUCUUUGCCGCAGGCGAUCGGACUGCCCUUCCUGUCUCAUCAGGAGGGCGCCAUGCUCGACUUCAAGGGCGGCAACAAUGGCCUGAAGCGUCUCUCGGGCGAGGACGUAAUUCCCAUCUCGGAACAGGAGUACUGGUCCCAGUACUGGACGCUGUUCAACUCGGCGACAGACGUGUAUUCGAUGUUGACGGCUCAGGAUGCGAUGCAGGCGAACCCGACCAACGUCGCGAACCUCGUCCAGGCGCUUGCGACGCAUAUGUUUACGCUUCUGUCGAACCCAUCAUUCCCGUGCGCGACCGUGAUUCCGCCCGAUACCGUCAGCACCAAUCUGCAGGUACUCAACUGCCUGCGCGUUCUCGGGCGCAUCCUUGUCAUCGUGUUCGAGGCCGAGGACGAGAGCUCGCUCGGCGGCCAGACGUGGGCGGACAAGUACCUCUGGAUCCAGGAGCGUGUGAAGCGCGAGACGCCCGAGGACUUGCCAUCCGAGCAGGCGCAGUUCACGAUCGCGGACGACGAUGAUGACGAGGACGAAGACAAGGACAAGGCGAACGGCAAGGACGACGAGGAGCGGGAAAAGACUGAGGGCAAUGGCGAGAUCCGGGAUCCGCUGAGCAACCCUGGGCCGUCGGCGGCAAAGACCGAGGACGACGGCACCGAACUCCGACCCUCGCUUGCCGACCGACUGUUCUCGUGCACGAUCGACCUGCUCUUCUGCGCCGGCUUCACGGUGCCUGAGUCGGUGCGUGGGGACGAUCUCUCGGGCGAGAAGAUCAACUACGUUAUUUGGGAGAAGGGUGUCGGCAGCACGAUCGCAAUCGGGUCCAACGCCGAGCUCGACCGGAACAAGGUCGAGGUGCUCCGCUUCCUCCUCGUCCUCGUCAGCAAGACGAUAUACACUUCGCCGACGUCGCUGCAGAUCGCGGCGAACCCACCGCUAGAGCACCUGACGCACGACUUAGAGCGGCGGCUGGUCCUUUCGCUCCUGUGCUCGCUGCUCAACACGUCUGUCGCCGGCACGAAGCCGUCGGCCGCUUCGGCGGUGCCGUACAACCACCUCAUGUUCAAGGCGGCCGAUGAGAGGCGCACGCUCAUCCGCAUGUGCCUCAUGAACCUGCUCGUGGCGCUCGACUACCGGAGCUUUGACAUUGUGUCCAACAACCCCGCGAUCCCGGAGAAGAAGGACGAGAACGCCUUCCGCUACUUUCUCGCCAAGCUGCACCGGAAAGACGAUCUUGCGUUCGUGCUGAACGGCAUCCUGGCCAUUCUUGACGAGCACACUGCGACGAUGAACAACUACCUCCCCGGAAGCAAGAAGCCGAUCCCGUACCUGCUCGAGGCGUACAUGCUGCUCUGGCGGCUGGUGGACCUGAACAAGCGGUUCCGGAGCUACGUCUUUGAGUCGGGCAAGGCGAUCGAUGUCAUCGGGCACAUUCUCCUCUGCUGCCUCGAGUUCAAGAACGAUCCCUCGCAGCACGGUCUCCUUCGCCUCCUGUCGUACCUCCUGCAAACGCUGAGCGCGGACCAGGGCUUCGCUGAGGCGCUGAACCAGCCGCUCCGCCAGACGGUGCCCGCCAAGUGGGCCGUGCAGGGCAGUGCGGCCGACUUCAUGAUCGUGUCAAUCUACUCGAUCGCGACGACGCCGGGGCUGAACCCGCUCUUCCCCGCUCUUACGAUCUCGAUCGCAAAUGUCGCCCCGUACCUGCGGCAUCUGGGUGUGCAGGCGUCGACGCGCCUGCUGCAGCUGUUCAAGGCGUUCUCGGCGCCCAACUUCCUGCUGGCGGACGAGGGCCACCCGCGCCUCGUGUACUAUUUGCUCGAGACCUUCAACGCGGUGCUUUACCACCAACUGAACGAGAACCCGAACCUCGUGUACGCGAUCCUGCGCUCGCACCAGGACUUCCAGACGCUGGCGACGUUUACGCUCGUGAGCGGGCUGCGCGAGAUCCAGCGCAAGAAGGCGCAGCGCGCCCAGGCCCUGGAGGCCGAGAAGGAAAAGGAGGCGGCGAAGGGCUCGACGCUGAAGCGCACGGAUUCGGAACUUGCCAUGCUCGCCGAGAAGGCUGCGCUGCUGGGCCGCGAGAUCGAGGAGGGCGACCUGGGCGAGUCGCACGAGCGCGUGCGCGAGGUGGACGCGACGCAGGCCGAAGAGGAGUUCACCGUCGUCGUGCCCAAGUCGCCCAAGAGCAGCCCGGGGUCAGUGCACACGCCCAAGUCGCCGGAGGCGGCGGGUUCGAACCCCGGCUCGCCGGCGCCGGCGCCAGCGAUGAGCGAGAAGGCGCGCGGCAAGAUGCGCGCCACCGAAAGCGUGACGUCGCUGCAUGACGAGGAGGACGAGGAGCUGCUGAAGCUGGCGGCGGGCGGCGUGGGGCCGAACGGCUACGUGCCGACACAGGAGUGGGUCAGUAGCUGGCAGAAGGGGCUGCCGCUUGACCCAGUGUUGGUGGCCAUCUCAGAACUCCUGCCCAAAUUCCAGGACUCGCAGCCGGCCACGCGCGGCGGGCCGUCCAGCAAGGUCUUCAACCUCCUCAAGGGCGCGAGCCUCACCGACGUCCUGCCCCCCGCGCCGGCCGUUGUGCCCCGCCGCUUCCUCUGGAGCCCGCAGAGCUGUAUCUGGCUCUCGUCCCUGCUGUGGGGCGACAUUUAUGUCGCUGGGCUCACGAACCCGACUGGCGUCUGGCGGGACACGACCGUGCGCCUGUUUGGCGUGAAGCAGGCCCCGAGCAAGCGCGGCGUGCAGGUCGACCGUGUGCUCAAGAUGAUUGGUGUGGUGUAG